ACUGCACUGUACGUAAUCGCACAACCCAUGACAGCACUGUGUGGACAUAAAUAAACUACAGUAUUUCUUUUAACUGCAGGAAAUACUGCGUUUUGUUUAAAAUGGACGACCAGGAAAUGCCACUGAAAGUAAAGCGAGUGACGGAUAAGUUCACGGAGAGCAUGUACGUGUUGGCUAAUGAGCCGUCGAUAGCACUGUAUCGCCUACAGGAGCACGUGAGGAGGUCUCUGCCUGAGCUGGUACAACAUAAGACAGACAUGCAGAGCUGGGAAGAACAGAGCCAAGGAGCAAUUUAUACAGUGGAGUAUGCCUGCAGCGCAGUGAAGAGCAUGGCCAACAGCAGCCUCUAUUUUAAAAACAUUGACGGACUGCUGAAACAAGCCAUCGCAACAAAGGAACAGAUCAGCGGUGCUCAAGGACGCAGUUGUGUGAAACCUGUACCUAAUGACAGUGAUCCUCCACCACACGACUCUUCCACAUCAUCAUCAUGACGAAUGGAAAUCUAUAAGCAAGGAAAAGAACUGUGGAUCCUGGGAUAAUGAGAGACACUUGUGAGAAGCAGAAUUCUGGGAUAUGAAGUACAGUUACGAGUCUACUGAAUGGACUCCAUUCCAAAGGUGUACCUCGCUCAAUCAGAGUGUGACGGCCUCUUGAAUUGUGACUUUGGCAACUUGACAGAGGCUUGAGAGGAGUGAAUGCGAGUACUCUGCCCAGUUCUCCAUUACAGUGCUUCAUCAAGUGUGUGAAGGAAAGGAUUAUUCUCGGUCGUAUUUAAAUAUAUUCAAGUAGCUUUAAACUGUAUUGUGCUGUUUCAUGACAAUGGGUUACUUUUAAACUGAUCUGAUAUGUUGCCUAAAUACGUUUUGUUUUUAAAACUGGUUUUGUAGGUUAUACAUGUAAUUGUAGCAUUAAAAUAUAUGGCCAAAUGAUUGUUUUCAGUUAAUGUGACUUGGAAUAUUAUUGUUGUAAAGCUUUAGCACUGAUGGCACUUACCACCAAGGUAAAAAGAAAUCCCAGCACAAAACAAGCCGAUAGCGACAUGUCGAAUGACCCUACUGUCUGACAGGAACCAUUCAGCCCUGAGGGAGGAAAAAAAAGAGGUCAAGCACAUCGAAUGCAGUGUAAAAGUUUUCACUCCACUUGCUCAUGGGUGAAAAUGCAAAUUUUAUUACCUGUAUUAAACAAUUAUACUUCUUUUUUUUUUUAAUGAUGGAAGUUAAAAACAUCCUCAAACAAAACCGCAAUCCAAAACAUUAGGUAAACUAACAGAAAAAUAAAAUCAAUAUAUCAUCAACAUUUUAACAUCUACUAGUUAACCAUUGUGUUACUUGCUAAUGAAGAAACAUUUAUGAAACACACUAAACAUCAUGGUUAAAAUAAAUUUCUCUGCUGUCUUUGAAUGAAUUAUUCUCAGUAAUAAAAGGUGCCAGACUGUA